AGGUUAAAAGGUUAAGUUAGGUAUCUAUCAAAAAAAAAAAAAACUAUCUUCAGCAUACUAUGCGUUGAAUCUAUAUGUGUGUUGCGGUUCGAGUUCGAGAUUCAUGUAGGUCAGUGCGGUGUUGGUCGGCGUGCGUCGUGGUGGGUGUAUAAUGUAAGUGUAAGUAUGUAAGAGGGUGCACGCAAGAUACACACACAAAUGAUAGUCGUUGAUGGUGACUGUCGGGACUGGUUGAAAUUAUAAUUAGGACUAAUUGGAGUUGUCGCAACUGGUUACUGUACUGUACGGGACUAAAAAAGUGAUGGCGAGUAGCAAUGGAGUAGUAUCCGUGAUGGUGGUGAUUGCCAAAGAUUUUUUUUUAACGAAUGGCUCUGUCCGAGGUGCAUAAUUUGACAGCGAUUAUCGGCAAUAAUGUUUUCGCCGCUGAUAAGAAGAAUAACGAGAUCGAACACAGUGUCAGUAUGUUGGAAGUACCACGAAAGAUUUAUUCUAGGGGCAUGCAUAGUGUGGAGUACAAUCAUUGGAACUAUGACUUAACGGAUUGCGGUGCAAAAAGAAAUAUGAAUAAUUUUGAAGACGAGGACUUGAGUCAAGACUUGAAUAAUCCAAUGGUUAACGACUUAGUAUCAAAAAUUCUCGACGAAGAUUCCAUUACCAUUGAUACUUGUCGCGAUAGCUACAACAGUGGAAAUACGCAUUACCGAGCAGAGUUUACCAAUUCUUGCUCUAACCAAAUUGGAGAUAGUUCAGACACUUAUUUGACCGAUUAUAUAAAUCAUUUAGGUGUUGGUUAUCCAUGUGGCAAGUUUACAAAUAAUAUUUACAAUAAUACAAAGAACGAAUAUCAUCAAUCGCCUAAUAAUCUUUGUAACGACUUGAAGACGCUAAAUAUCGGUGCAUGCAUCGAGCAGACUAUAGCAGAGCAGAAUAAUGCAUGUAGCAAUGAACUUACAACGAAUGCGUAUUUGUCCGAUCCUCGAUCUCAUGUUAUACAUUCAAAUGAUGGAAAUAUGUACACGAGCGGGACUAACAUGCCAUCGUGCAAUGAUUUGCCAACAACUACAAAUGGACCGAAUUACGGCAAACAAUCUAGUAACUGGACGGAAUCGUUAUUAACUCCCUCAAUGGGCUGCAGAGGCGAAUUGAUUGGAAAUUAUUCGAGAAUCUCAAAUUGCGUUAAACCUGACCUUAAUUUUAAUGUGACCGCGUUAAGUCUGACCCUAGAUUCACCAAAUUCCGUUCCAAUCAAUGAGCUAGAAUAUCGUAACAGUACGAGACAAAGCACAUCACUGAACUCGUACGGUAAUACUGUAGUAAAUAUGCACGAUAUAUACAAUGUUACCAGUAAUAUUGGUUCCGGAUAUAGGCCCAACUCGGCGAUGACUGAUCUAAGCGUCGAUUCUAGUUUCUUAUCGAACUCGCCGUUACAACAUUUUUCACCCGCUGAUACAACUUUACACACUUGUUUCGGAAGCGGUAUACAAGGUAAUGGUAGCGGCGACUUUGCUAGGGACGAUGCCGCUAGAUUAAAUAUGACGAGUGUUAGCAUACCUAACGAGCAGAUUCAGUUCUUGCAGCAGUCACAAACUCGUAGCUACAAAUUGGCGGAUCAAGCUGUGGACCAAGAUUACAAAAACUUGAUCAAUUAUUAUCCCCCUGGUACAAAUAGCUUUAUCGCAUCUUCGGCGAAUAAUUUGGACACAAAUGAGAACGUUUGUCUCCCUAGUGAUUGUAGAAUUGAUAAUGGCUUACUGAAGAUGAUUAACCCGAAAUCAAAGUUUAUCGAAACCAAAACAUACUCACCGAUAGGAUUUCCAAAGAAUCUGAGUUCACGUAACUUAUAUCAGCCUAUUGCCAAGUAUGGUUGUCACAAUUAUCAACAGUACACUGCCAACAGUGGCGACACUUUGAAGAUAUUGCAACAAAAUUCCACAUUUUAUCACAACGACCCGAAGCAGCCUAAACUCAAUAAUGCGUACAAAUCGGAUGGAUUUGACAUGGCUAAGGAAAUAGCCUUUCCCUCGGGAAGUCAUUUGACUGAUCGUAUUACGAGAUGCGCAUUAGACAAGGAUGUCUUGUCCAAUCAUAUUUUGAAACAACGACACCAUAUAUCGAAAAUACAGAGCAUUCCAGCCGGGAUCCCGCCUCCUGAUAUAAUUUUUAAUUCGGGAAUGAUAUCGGGUACAAAUAGCGUGAGAUCAUUUCCAUCAGCAAUGCCGGUUUCUGUUCCGGUUCAUCCUGUACCGCGAUUAUUUUCCGCUCUUUACGGAGGCAAUCUGAGUCUUAGAAAUGGGAAUGGUGCAGCUAGAAAGACAGGUCCUUCGAGUAUAUUGCAUUUUAAUCUCGAACAAACGUAUGAACAAUUUAAGCAAUUGGAGAAGGAACGUAAGAAAUGCGAAGCUGGAUUGGCUGCGCAUUUUCCAGGGAAACGAGUAACCAGUGCGAAUAAUAUACCUAUCCCACGACUUCAGGGAAAUCCAUCAAGAGUUGAUCGCUUGAUAAUUGAUUAUUUGAGAGAACACGCCCGUGUUAUUACAUUAAUAGCAAAAAUGGAACGCUUACGUGGGACCACGAUGAAUCAACGCGUACACAAAGCUAUGGAAUAUUGGCUGGAAGCUAUCAAGUAUGUUCAAGAAUGUCGUAAACAAGAGAUCGCAAAUGCUAUCAAACGUCAGAAGGAGAACCCACAUUGCAUCUUAGCAUAUAAUGACAAUGAUAUUCUGACUUUGGCUGGAAGUGUCCACGAAUUGACGAGGGCAUCGCGGUACGCGCGGACCGGUAUGUAUAACGCGCUUCAGGCUACACUACUCUAUGACUUGGAUAUAGAGAAGAAAGUCAUCGAGACCCCCAAGGAUCCGGUUCUUGAGACAAAAGUUCAUAGUGAAAGUCAAACAAAAGACGGGACCGACGAUUAUACAAGCAAUACCUAGCAAAUCUGCGCUGAUUUCACUCGGUAUCGCUCAUCUUGAAGUACUAAAUCGAGUCCAGCAGCUUUUUAUUUACGUAUAGUAUUACGUUUUUGAAAAGCUUUUGCUGGUGUUUACGAUUAUUUUACUGUUGAAACAAAAUGCCGCCCAUUACAUUCAAGACUUUUAUUCACGAUACACGAACGAUAACAUUCACGCGCGAAUGAACUAAGAGUGAAACGGAAUUUUAGGAAUGCAUGCAACCUUUUGCAGGUAUCGAUAACUCCAUAGUUUUCUACGUAUUUUAAUGCUUAUGACUGUAUAACCGACUUAUUGGCUUCUCGAGGACACCGAUUUAGAUGCAAGAAUUUCGCUAAACUGCCCUUUACCCUUUAUCGGUUUAUCUCUAUCGCGUGUAAAAAAAAUAUCGCUUUUUAUUCGAUACCAAACAAAUCGGAAAUAAACCGAAAGCAGUAUCAAUCAUGUUUAAAUCGUUGACAACACGAAUGAGAUUGCUCAGAUGUAUAUUACAUCGUUUAGGAGUAGAUAUUAUUAAAAAAGUCGUCUCUUCGUACAAUUAUUUAUUAUAUGCGUAUCUUAAGUUAAAUAGACAGAUGAUUAGGCAGAAAACGCCGAUGUAUUUGUUCAAAAUGUUCGGCAGCAACUUGUUAGAUUAGCUCAAUGUGGCCUUCCUUGAAUGUGUGACCUAUAAUGUGUGUGGUAGUAGAUGUUUCAAGAUUUAAGAAUAAUUCAUGAAGUGUAAGUGCGAUUAUAAUCGUACACACUACACAAGCCAUAUAUUAUAUUAUAUAUUAAAAUGUUGUUUACAUGGUAGA